AUGCUUGACUUUGUUGAUGACGCGUCCCGACGCGAGAAAUGCUUCACCACCAUCGCGCAGCUCCCCGCAGUAGUCGACCCGAAGGAGGUCGCAAGUAAAAAAUCGCCUUUCUCUGCCAUCCUCAACCACCCUUUUGUACAUACGGUGGAGGUAAUCUUGCCAAAAGAUGUCUAUGAGAAGAACCAGACGUCAUUGGAUGCGCUGGAGAGCCCUCAAUGUGCUCGGGUUUCCAUGUGCCCAUCUGACCUCCUCGAACAUGACUUCUUCAAUACAUACAUCAAAGCUGGAAAUAUCCUCAUGAUAUCAGAAGGACGUUCUGGCUCAGAUACUGUGUUUACCUUGCGAGAUGGCCUUCUCAAGGUAGAAACCGGAAAAGAAACUUAUGAACGCACUGGGCUUUCGGGUAAACCUAUUCGAAGUGGCGGUCGGAGACACGGCAAGGAAAGAUUCGUGAUUGAAAUUAACUUACGGCUUCCAUCAAUGUUACACGGGAAGAAAGGGUUUGACCGGAUUGUAUGGUCGUUCAAGAACGUCCUUAAUCAAUCCAUGUCAUGGUUAUUUUAUGAUCUGGAGUCCACGCCAGAACAAAAUAAUGAUUCAAAGCCAAUUCAGAGUCAUUCUCCAAAGUGGUUCAACUGCGCCCCGGUCCGAACUCGGUUGGACCGAGUCUUGGUACCAUCGCUAUCAGGCCUAGUCUCAAAAGACAUGCCCGAGGUUGAGCAACAAGAAUCUUGCGGGUCAUUCUCAGAAUGGAUUGCUCUGGUCCAAAUGCGGUCACCUCGUGUGUCUGCCGAUGAUGCUGUUGACCCCUAUCUCAGUCGCUACAGUGUCCCUGACUCGGAUAAAACAAGUGUCUCUGACUUGAUCAGCUUGAAAUGGCACGGUCUCAUUUCUCCGAAGUGGACGAUUCAAUUAUUUGCGUCUCUGUUAACUCAUACUACAAACUUCAAUUCCUCUGCAUGGUUUGUUCUUUCUGCAUCUGCUUUGGACAAGCAGGCUGUGGAAGGUAGAGAUGGAUACACCAUCGCGGCUGCUCCAGGCAUUUGUUCGGAACAAACUGGCGAGGCAGGAGCGUCCACCAGGAGUCAUGCGAUUUGUUGGGAAUUUGUAGGGGCAACUGCGACUGAGUCCUGA